UUCCAUUGAAUUGUUUUACAUUUUCUCAAAUAGCCGACUUACAUUCUUAUCGUAAAAUUAUGAUAUAAAAGUAGAAGCUCUGUAUACCUAUUCGGUGUUAAUUCUGCCGGCGUCAUGACUUCAAUCAUCAAGUUACACUGCCUCUCCGGAGAUGGAGAUGAGACUCCGCCGUGCUAUGUACUUCAGGUUGAUGAGUUCAAGUUUCUGCUGGACUGUGGAUGGGACGAGAAGUUCGAUAUGGAGUUCAUAAAAGAGCUCAAGAGACACAUAAAUAACAUAGACGCAGUCCUCCUUUCACAUUCCGACCCACUGCACCUCGGAGCCCUACCAUACGCAGUGGGUAAACUGGGUCUGAACUGCCCCAUCUACGCCACACUGCCGGUGUACAAGAUGGGGCAGAUGUUCAUGUACGACCUGUUCCAGGCACACAAGAAUGUGUCGGACUUUGAUUUGUUUACGCUUGACGAUGUGGAUGCUGCGUUUGAUAGUAUUGUGCAGUUGAAGUAUAAUCAGAGUGUUGAUAUGAAAGGCAAAGGUUUAGGUCUUCGCAUCACGCCCCUACCAGCCGGUCAUUCCCUCGGUGGCACAAUCUGGCGCAUAGCUGCCCCUGGCGAAGAAGACAUAGUGUACGCUCCAGAUUUCAACCACAAGAAGGAGCGGCAUCUCAACGGGUGUGAGAUAGAGAGGAUUAUGCGACCUUCGUUACUGUUGCUCGGGGCUAUGAAUGCGGACUAUGUGCAACCGAGACGGAGGCUAAGAGAUGAGAAGCUCAUGACAACAAUUUUAAGCACCCUCCGCGGCGGCGGCAGCGUGCUAGUCUGCACAGACACAGCGGGCAGAGUGCUCGAACUAGCUCACAUGCUAGACCAGCUCUGGCGAAAUAAGGACUCCGGAUUGGUCGCAUACACUUUACUACUACUUUCCAACGUCAGUUACAACGUUGUUGAGUUUGCUAAGUCACAGAUAGAAUGGAUGAGCGACAAACUGACUCGCGCCUUCGAAGGGGCGCGGAGCAACCCAUUCCUUCUUCGUCAUCUGCAACUCUGCCAUUCUGUGAUUGAGGUGACCCGAACUCCAGGGCCGAAAGUGGUGCUGGCUUCCUUCCCCGACCUGGAGUGCGGUUUCGCCAGAGACCUGUUCCUGCAGUGGGCUCCCAACCCUCAGAACUCCAUCAUACUCACACACAGAUCCUCGCCGGGAACUUUAGCCCGAGAUCUCAUAGACAACGGCGGAGACAGAACGUUAGAGUUAGUAGUGCGACGAAGAGUCAGGCUCGAAGGCGCGGAGUUAGAAGAAUUCAUGCAACAGCGCGCCAAAGUCAACAACUCUGUCAAAGAAGAAGUAGCCGGCAUAUCAUCAGACUCCGAUUCCGAUGGCGACCUAGAAAUGUGGGUCGUGACCGGGCGACACGACAUCCCGGUCCGGCACGAAGCUCGGACGACCGGCUGUUUCAAGAGUAACAAGCGCCACCAUGCUAUGUAUCCGUGUCAUGAAGAUAGAGCACGGGCUGAUGACUAUGGAGAAGUUAUACGGCCCGAAGACUACCGGCUAGCAGAAGUGGUGGACGCAGAGGGAGAAGUACGCGAUGUGGCGCCGCAGCCGCCGCCGCUGCAAGAACCAGAAGAAGAAGAAAUGGAAAUCCCCAGCAAAUGCCUAACGACAGUCCGGCAAGUUCCUAUAAAGGCGUCCAUCCAAUACAUAGAGCUAGAAGGCCGGUGCGACGGCGAAUCGCUACUCCGAGUAGUGGCACAGGCGAAGCCGCGGGCUAUAGUAGGUUUACGGGCUAACCACACUGCUCUACAAACUCUUAGGAAAUAUUGCGAAACUGAAGGCAUAGAGAAAAUAUUCACACCGGAACGCGGCGAAACUGUUGACGCCACCACAGAGUCUCAUAUCUACCAGGUUAAACUAACAGACGCUGUGAUGAGCUCAUUGUCAUGGAAGCAAGCUGGAGGUGCAGAGUUAGCGUGGCUGUCUGGCGUGUUACAGCCGCGCGCUCGACCGAGGGAACCUGGAGCGCCCGAAGAAGAACCAUCACAGGACGUAGUGAUGUCUCUCGAGCCCGGCGGCGAAGGCGCGGCGCACUGCGCGGCCUACAUCAACGCUGUGCGUCUGUCAGAACUGCGCGCUGCUUUAGCUAGGAGAGGAUUAGCCGCUGAGUUCUCUCACGGAGCUUUGGAGUGUUGUAAUGGCACACUCGCUAUAAGGAGGUUGGAGAACGGCCGCGUGGCACUGGAGGGUGUUCUUUCAGAAGAGUAUUAUAAAGUACGGGAGCUGUUGUACGAACAGUUCGCUAUCGUGUAACUGUGAGAAAUUUAAUAUUGGUUAAGAAUAAAUUGUUUAAUUUUAAAUGUUUAAUUUAUUCCCUUAACCCUUCGUCUGUCUGUCAAAAAAUUGUCAUAAAACAAUUAAUUUUGGUACAUUUUUUUAAAUCCAACGCCUUAUGCUAGGAUCCUUAUCAAACACAUACGAAGGGUUAACACUCUGAAGGCAAAGUAAAGAGGAAAUAAAGUACCUAGGUACCAACUCAUUUUGAACCUAAUUACUUCAAUAAAAGGAGAAGGUUCUCAA